UCAAGUUUACUUUCAUUUCAACUUCACACUAAAGAUAAGGAGCAGAGCUCCAAUCACAAUCUGGGAAUCGUAGUCCCCUUUCUACAGUACUCUUCCCAAGAAAAGGUUACAGAGAGAGAGAGAGAGAGAGAGAGAGAGAGAGAGAGAGAUGGCGGAAAUAGGUGCAGGCAGUUUGAUGAUGAAGAACUUGAAGGAGCUGAUAAACAGCAGGAGAGAUUUGAUUCUAGAAGUCGAAAAUCAAAUCAACUGUCUUUAUGAGGAUCUUCGAAUGCUGAGUAACUUCCUCAAGGAUUUGCAGGAGAAGGGGCACGAAGCAGUGAAAAAUCUACGGUCAAGAAUUAGAGAUGUGGAAUAUGAGGCAGAAAACAUCCUCGACUUGUUCGUAGUUAAUGCUGCCUCAAAGAAGCAGGAGCAGAAGAAGAAGAAGAAUGUAAUGACGAAACUGAAGACGAUGAUGAUGAAUACGAAGAAGAAGGAUGUGUUAGAUCUUGCACAUGUUAAACAAGAAAUAGAAGCCAUCAAACAAGAGGUGAUGGAAAUCUACAGAAAAAGAGUUGACGAAAUGGCGGCCACAGAGGUUGGAACUUCUUCCAUUGGAGAGUCGUCGAUAGCAAAUACCCAUACGUCGGAGGAUGAAAUAACAGUGGGCGUCAAGGAAGACGUAGAGAUCACAAGAGACCAACUUACAUCAAUAGCAAAUACCCAGAUAUUGGCGGAUGAAAUAAUAGUAGGCUUUGAGGAAGAGUUAACGAGAAUAAAAGACCAGCUUACCGGAGGAUCAAAGCGGCUACAGGUUGUUUCGAUAGUUGGGAUGGCUGGACUAGGCAAGACUACUUUGGCUAGAAAAGUUUACAAUGAUCCUCUGGUGUUAUACCACUUCUAUAGUUGUGCUUGGCUAUUUGUUUCUCAAGAGUACCGAAAGAGGGAGUUGUUGCAUAGGCUUUUAAGUUCAGUUAUGCAGCAUACGGAUGGCAUUGAUCAAAUGAGCGAGGAGGAAUUGGCUCAACAAUUUUACAAAAGCUUGAAGGGAAGAAGAUAUUUGAUUGUGAUGGAUGACAUAUGGGAUGUUAGGGCCUGGUUCGAUUUCAAAACUUGUUUCCCAAAUGACAACAGCGGAAUUAGAAUUUUGUUGACAAGUAGGAAUGGGCACGUAGCAUUGCUUGCCAAACCCAAUUGUCCUCCUCUUUCUCUGCAUUUUUUAACCGAUGAUGAGAGUUGGGAUCUAAUCCAACGGAAGGUAGGAAACUUGCCCUCCACAGCUCAUGCUGGUAGGAAAGAAAAUAGCCAACAAGUGUCGGGGACUACCACUGGCGAUCGUUUUGGUAGCUGGGAUUCUUACAAACGAAGAGAAGAGUCAAGAACGAUGGAAGCAAGUAGGGGAAACUUUGUAUUCACAUGUGGCUGCCGGUCCGCUACAAUGGACGAAGACACUGGCACUGAGUUACAACCACUUACCUCAUCACUUGAGACAGUGCUUUCUCUAUUUUGCAAUAUUUCCAGAGGACUUCCAAGUGCCUGUAUGGAAAUUGAUUGGGUUGUGGGCGGCCGAGGGAUUUAUAAGAAAGACGGGAAAAAACCUUGGAGGACGUAGCAGAGGAAUACUUGACAGAUUUAAUCGGUAGAAGUCUCAUAUUAGUUUCUCAAACAAGAUAUGAUGAUGGAGUCAAAGCCUGUGGUAUCCAUGAUUCUAUGCGCGAUUUUUGCAUCAAACAAGCUGAGAAAGAGGGUUUUCUCCACCAUUAUUCACACGGGGAUCAGGUUUUCUCUUCUUCUAAUUCAGAGUAUCUAAGCAUUGACGAUUCACUAGAUGUAUGGACGACGUCUUCUAUAUUCAUUUUUUCCCCUAACACCCAGACUUUUGCUAGCUUCAACUCUCGAUGCACUUGUUCGCAACUCCCUUAUGGUAGUCAAUCAUGCUACGAACUUCUUAAGGUUCUUGAUGCAAGUUUCCGAAUUAUUAGGAGUUACCCCAAUGACAUAGGAAAGCUAGUUAGCUUGAGGUACUUAGCAAUCGGUACCCUACUUGUGCACUCAGAAACACGCGUCCCAACUUCAAUAUCUAAUCUCCGGCAUUUAGAAUCCCUUAUUAUUGAUGCACGAUCGUCUGUGAUAUUACCUCAUUGUAUUAGAAAGAUGGUGAAGUUGAGGCAUAUUCGCAUUACUGGACACGGGACACUUCAAAUUGAAGGGCAAGAUCCCUAUGCUCCUUAUCCAUUCUCGAUGGAUGACCUACAAACUCUCUCAUGGGUAGAUCCAUGGUCUUGUGGCGAUUUCUUGGCUGGGACCCCCAAUCUCAGGAAGCUGGGGUUUCGGGGACGUAUUGCGAAGGAACAUGUUGUAAACCACCUUCAAGAGCUGAAGUUUCCCGAUAUAGACUUUCUAAACCACCUUCAAGAGUUGAAGUUGUUUAAUACAUGCUUUUCAAAAUCUGGCGGGUGGUCAGCGAAUCUAGGAGGAAUUAGGUUCUCCGCAAAUCUUAAGAAGCUAACUCUGGGACCUUUCUGAAUUGGGAUGAGAUGUGCACCCUCGGAAAGUCGGUACCCAAGCUUGAGGUUCUCAAACUAUUGCAAGAUGCCUGCAAAGGACCAGUUUGGGAAACAUGUGGGGAUUUCCCUCAACUCAAAUGCUUAAAAUUCGAAUCUCUUGACGUUGGGCGGUGGAAUGCCUCCGCUAUGCAUUUUCCCCGGCUUCAGCGAAUAUCGCUGGUUGGAUGUUACUGGCUCGAAAGCAUCCCUUCCGAAAUGGGGGAUAUACCCACGUUAGAGAUGAUCGAGGUGCACUUGUGCAACCUUUCUCUGGCCAAUUCCGCCAGGGAAAUUAAGGAAGAGCAAGAAAGCAUGGGAAACACUUCUCUGCAGGUUGCGACUCCGGUUAUUUGUAGAACUACUGGUGACGUUGAAGAUGGCCAAAGGCCAGAAGGACUAGACCGAGAGGAAAAAUUACCAGAAGAUGGAGUUGACCAAGUCGAUUUACCACAUCAAUGGUCUCAUGUAUCCAAAUCACCAAUCCAUGGUAUCCCCGAUUUUUACCCAUACAUGGUACCCAUGUUCAAAGCGGACCAUGCUGCCCUUCUACGAAGAUGACUUACUCCUCAAAAUCCCUUCCUUCCCCCCUUCUUCUCUCCCUCCGCUGGAACGUAAACUCCUUCCUCCUUCCUCCUUCCUCUCUCUCUAGGGUUUGCCCCCCUUCGUCUCCUCUGUGCUCCCCAUCCUCGCAAGACUUGCCCCAACCCCAACACCUGACCUUGCUCCCAACUUCCAUCCCCUAAUCGGCUAUCUCGUUCUGCCGGAGACGGUAGCUUGAGUCUGUCAAUCGUCCACGCUUCAUCAGAAUCGAUUCCGACUCAAUCGUCAUCAGGAUGCCCAAAGGCCAGAAGGACGAAACUGAAAUACGCCUCGGGACUCCCAUUCCUUCACUGUCCACAGCUACCACAGGAAGCUUCACUGUCCACAGCUACCACAGGAAGAAAGUGCAUAGUCGAGGUGGGUAUAAACUGACCUGAACACCAAAGUUAUAAAAAAAAGCAUAGGAAGAAAGUGCUGAGGAUUUGCACGUUUUCGCUUCAGCAAGGGAGGCAUGAAUCGCUUUAUUGUUCGUCAUUUUCUAUUGCGUGAUCUUUUACCAUUGCCUAUUCCAACCGUUUUGGCAGAUUUCAUUUUGUUUAAGUAAUGUAAACUCCUUAUAUAUUUUUUGCUCCUCUUCUUGUUUUUGUAGUUAUCGUUAUUCUUCUUAACCAUAUGCGCAACAUAAUACUAUGGUGGUUUUUUUUUUCUUUUUUAUAUUGAACAAUAUCCCCUAGUUAUACUAAGUAAUAGGAAAAUAAAGAACCAAAUAAAAUACAACAAAACAUAACAAAAUACAAAGAAAAGCCGUGUGGCACCGGAGACCCAUCAGCUAAUUUUGUGGAGCGUGAUCUUUCAUGCCUUUGAAUUCUUCUUUUCACUUUUGGAAAAUCAAAGUUUCGACAAAAACUUGCAUGAAUCAAAGGGAGUUCCAGACCUAGGUUCCAAUAGUGCACCCCUGCACUACAAGGGUGUAGAGCACAAUCCAAGCCGUCACUCUCAGCACC